UUAUCAGUUAUUCUCAUUGUAAUUACCCUCUUAUUAUCAAUUAGAUUCUCACACCCACAUCUUCAUUCCAUGGCAACCCACCAUAAUAACAUGCCCUUUCUUCUUGAAAGAAAGGAUGUUGAGCUUGUUAAACCAGCGAAACCUACCCCCUUUGAAGUUCUUUCUUUCUCUAGUAUCGAUAAUGAUCGUAACCUUGAGCUUUUAUGUCAAAGCAUUUAUGUAUACCAAGCAAAGCCCAUUCUUUCUAAUGGUAAUGCUCAUCAUCGUGAUGGUAUUGCAUCAAAGUUUAAUUGUAAAGGAGCAGACUCAGACCCUGCCUGUGUGAUUAAAGAUGCCAUUUCCAAUGUUUUAGUGCAGUACUAUCCUCUAGCUGGAAAGCUCAAGAGGAAUAGUGAUGGUAGACUAAAUAUCACCUGCAGUGGAGAUGGUGUGCCAUUCUUGGAGGCAACUGCUAAUUGCCAGCUUUCUUCUCUUCAUUACUUGGAUGGUAUUGAUGUUGACAUUGCCAAACAAUUUGUUUUUGAUUUUCCAUCAAAGAUUGAGUCUGGUUAUUACCCUCUAGUAUUUCAGGUGACCAAAUUUUCAUGUGGGGGUUUCACUAUUGGAAUGGGCUUAUCACACUCAGUGUGUGAUGGGUUUGGUGCAUCUCAAUUUUUCAGAGCCAUGGCCGAGUUUGCAAGUGGAAAGACUGAGCCUACGUUAAAACCCGUGUGGGAAAGGGAAAGACUGGUAGGAAAAGCUACUCAGGAACCUUUACCCCCAAUAGUUGAAAGCGCUGGUUUAGCAAAAUCGCCAUAUUUGCCAACGACUGACAUCUUGCAUGAAUGCUUUUACGUGAACAGUGAGAGUAUAAGAAGACUGAAAAUGAACCUAAUGCAGGAAUUACGUGAUGAGAAUGGAGUAACGAAAGAAAGUUUCUCCACUCUUGAAGUGCUUGGUGCCUACAUUUGGAGGUCAAGGUUUAGAGCUUUCAAGCUGAACCCAGAUGGGAAAACCAUCUUCUUCUUAACUAUGGGGAUAAGGCAACUUUUGAAUCCACCUUUGCCUAGUGGGUACUAUGGAAAUGCCAUUUCAUCUUCAACUGUGGACUUAAUGGGUAGGAAUCUCAAUGAAGGACCACUUUCUGAAGCUGUCAAACUCAUCAAAGAAAGCAAGAAACUUGCUUCUAAUUCAGACUACAUUUGGAAUCGCAUAAAUAUUAUGGAGACAUUAAUAGAGAAAAAUAUCAAGAUUGAAGCUGGGAGUGGUGCAGUCAUGGUUUUGACAGAUUGGAGGCAACUGGGUCUGUUGGAGGAAGUAGAUUUUGGAUGGAAGGCUGCAGUGAACAUAAUCCCAGUGCCAUGGAACAUGUUUGGUUAUGUGGAUUUGUGUAUUUUCUUGCCGCCUUCCAAUUUGGAUAGUUCAAUGAAAGGUGGAGUUAGAGUGCUUAUUUCUCUCCCAAGAGCUGCUAUGCCCAAGUUCAAGGAAGAGAUGGAUGCCCUCUUGCAGCUGGGAGAUGAAGAGGCUAAUCCCUAACUGCCAUAAUAAAUUGGUGCAACAAAGUUUAUUUAUCUGCAUUAAUUAAUUGUCUCAUUUCUAUUUUACUUUCAAUUGAAUCAGACUAAUGAAAACUCUUUUUUA